AUGUCUCUCGUCGCAAAUGAGGAGUUUCAGCAUAUUCUGCGUGUGCUGAACACCAACGUCGAUGGAAAGCAGAAGAUCAUGUUCGCUCUCACCUCCAUCAAGGGUAUUGGGAGGCGUUUCGCCAACAUCGUCUGCAAGAAGGCCGACGUAGACAUGAACAAAAGGGCUGGUGAGCUAUCUGCCGCUGAGCUCGACAACCUGAUGACCAUCGUGGCCAACCCACGCCAGUUCAAGAUCCCUGACUGGUUUCUGAACAGAAAGAAGGACUACAAGGAUGGUAAAUAUUCUCAGGUCGUCUCCAAUGCUCUGGACAUGAAGCUCAGGGAUGACCUUGAGCGCUUGAAGAAGAUCAGGAAUCACCGUGGUCUUCGACACUACUGGGGUCUUCGUGUGCGUGGACAGCACACCAAGACCACUGGCCGCAGGGGGAAGACUGUUGGUGUCUCCAAGAAGCGUUGA